AUGGCUUCUUCGAGCACAGCAGCUCAUGGAUCUGCUGAUUCCACCGCUACAAGAAGACACACCAAGCGACCUAAGUAUUCAAAGUUUACGCAGCAAGAACUUCCUGCAUGCAAGCCUAUUCUUACGCCACGAGCGGUUAUUUCAGCGUUUUUGCUUGUUAGUGUGGUGUUCAUUCCUAUUGGAGUUGCUUCACUAAUGGCUUCACGAAAGGUUGUUGAAAUCGUAUAUAGAUAUGAGUCAGAAUGCUUACCGAGUAAUAUUACUAACAAGGUAGCAUAUAUUCAGAAUCCUAAAACAGAUAAAACGUGCAAUAUAACACUGAAUGUGACCAAGCACAUGAAGGCACCUAUUUUUGUAUACUAUCAGUUGGACAACUUUUAUCAGAAUCAUCGCCGGUAUGUUAAAAGCCGAAGUGAUGAGCAAUUGAGGAAUCUUAAGGAUGAGAAGGAAGUUAGUACUUGUAAGCCUGAAGAUUUUGUCAAUGGUAGUGCAAUUGUACCUUGUGGUCUCAUAGCUUGGAGUUUAUUCAAUGACACAUACAGCUUCUCCAUCAAAGGAACGGAUUUGAAAGUAAACAAGAGUGGCAUCGCUUGGAAGAGUGAUAGAGAGCACAAAUUUGGAAAAGAUGUUCACCCCAAAAACUUUCAAAGCAGUUCUAUAAUAGGUGGUGCCCAUCUUAAUGAAUCCAUACCGCUGAGUGAACAGGAGGAUCUUAUUGUCUGGAUGAGAACUGCCGCCUUGCCAACUUUCAGGAAGUUAUAUGGAAGAAUAGAGGUGGAUCUGAAAUCCGGUGAUCUCAUAAAUGUGGCACUUAAAAAUCAGUACAACACCUACAGUUUUAAUGGCAAGAAAAAGCUCGUGCUGUCAACUACUAGUUGGCUUGGUGGGAAAAAUGACUUCAUUGGCAUUGCUUAUCUCACCGUUGGAGGCCUAUGCUUCUUUUUGUCUUUGGCUUUUACCAUUGUAUAUUUUGUUAAGCCAAGGCAACUUGGAGAUCCAUCAUAUUUGUCAUGGAAUAGAAACCCUGGUGGAGGGCACUAA